AUGGCAGGGUUGGCAGUCACAAAAGUUGUACACAGAUGUGACGACGCGAAAGAGACCAAUCGGUUAGAUUUAUCUGGCUGUCAGUUAACACAAGUACCGGAUGCUAUUUAUUUACUCUUAAAAAGUACUCCACUAGAAGUUUUAGAUAUCUCUUCCAAUUUAGUUAGAAGAAUACCUUCAAAAAUUAGUUCUAAAUUUCCUCACUUAACAGAAUUAAAUCUAGGCAGUAAUAGACUUACUACUUUACCAGAAGAAUUACAAUCAUUUAGUGGAAGUUAAAGUUUUUAAUGUUUUAGUGACGCCUCAAGACUCAGAGUUAGAUUCUGUUGACUAAAAUAUUUUACUUCAUGGGGUAUUAGCAUCAUAUAGAUUGCCUCAGGAAACACUAUGCAAUGUAACUUGUUAUGAUUUUAUUUAUUUUUAAGUGAAAUGUCUAGGUUUACUGCUUUUAACAAUUUAACCAGAACAAAACUGUUUGGAAGGUGAAUUGUUUCCAAUUUAACUUUCCACAGAAUCUUUAAUUAUGAACACAUCAUGUACAGUGUUUUGCCUUCAGUUACUCCUGAUGUCAUAUUAUCAGUGAUUAUGGGGCUGGUAUAUAGGGUUUUGUUUAAUUGAAGGCAAACCUAACAUCAGCUUUCCAUCCUGAAAAGUUUUAAAGACAUGCCAUUAGAUAACAAUGCAUCAUCUUUUUAUGCCAACUGAAUUAAUUUCAACAAUAUGAACUGAAAAAAUUCUGUAGUUAUGUGCAAAUUGUGAUCAUGAGACAUUUUGUGAUUUUAUUGUGCUUCCAACCCCCAUUGGCCUGGCAUUUGUUCUCAAGGUUCAUUGUGUCAUUUUUUAUGGAUUGUUGAUUUUAAUAAUUAUUAGUUUUUCUGUUAUAUGAAUUUUUAAUAUCAGUUUUAUAAUUGUACAUUUUGUAAUAAAUUAUUU